GACGCCGGCAACCUCGCGCUCUCCGCAGAAGAAUUUCUUUUUUGUAGGCAUUGCAUAUCCUUUACCUUUAUUCAGUGUAACAAUGGCGGCUGACGCGUUCAGCGGUGUGAUAGUCUCGUCGCUGUCAGACUGUGGCCAAUCUAAACCGAAAUACGAGGAGCCUGUCACACUGAAAACGUGUUACGAUCCAAAUGGAAUCAGCAUCACCGUUCAAUCAGAAGCUGGAAGAGACCUGUUCGAGUUUCCAGUAACAAGAACAUCAGACUACUCCAAAGUUGGAAAGAAAGGCUACCUGUUUGAAUUUGAUUAUGAGACUGUAUUAUUCACAUUUAAAAAUGACACUGAUGCAUCCAAUUUUCAUAAAUCACUGGGGAAACUUCAGUUGGGCAAAGACUUGUCAGUAUUCACUGAAAGGACAGAAGACUCGUCAGCAUCACAGUACUUCCAGUUUUAUGGAUAUUUAUCUCAGCAGCAAAACAUGAUGCAGGACUACAUUCGAACAAGCACAUACCAAAGAGCCAUAUUGUCCAAUAUUGAUGACUUUAGGGAUAAAGUUGUGCUAGAUGUCGGAGCAGGGUCUGGUAUUCUCUCCUUCUUUGCUGUCCAGUCUGGAGCUGCAAAAGUCUAUGCUGUAGAAGCAUCCACAAUGGCUCAGCAUGCUGAGUCCCUGGCCAAGUUUAAUUCUCUGGAGCAGAUCCAGGUUGUGGCUGGAAAGAUUGAAGAGAUUGAACUACCAGAGAAAGUUGAUAUUAUCAUUUCUGAACCCAUGGGCUACAUGCUUUUCAAUGAAAGAAUGCUGGAAACCUUCCUUCACGCCAAGAAAUGGCUCAAAGCGGGUGGUAAAAUGUUUCCUUCCAGAGGUGAUUUGCACAUAGCUCCCUUCAACGACGAAACCUUGUACAUGGAACAGUUUAACAAAGCGAAUUUUUGGUACCAGCAGAGCUUCCACGGAGUCGACCUAAGUUGCUUGAGAAGCGCCGCUAUGAAGGAAUAUUUCCGCCAACCCAUUGUUGAUACUUUUGAUAUUCGAAUCUGCACCGCCAAGUCUGUGAGGCACGUAGUCGAUUUCCACACUGCUUCCGAAUCUGAUCUUCAUCGAAUGGAUAUCCCGCUCGAGUUUCACGCGCUUCAGUCUGGCUUGGUUCACGGGUUAGCCUUUUGGUUUGACGUCGCUUUCUUUGGCUCAUCGACUUCAGUUUGGUUGUCCACCGCACCCACUGAACCGUUAACUCACUGGUACCAAGUUCGCUGUUUGCUUGAAUCUCCAAUUUUUGUCAAGCAGGGCCAAUUGCUCACCGGAACCGUCCUACUUUUAGCCAACAAAAGGCAAAGUUACGAUGUGACGAUCGAUUUGCGAGUGGAAGGAUCUGGUCUGACCAGCAGCAACACACUCGACUUGAAGAAUCCAUACUUCCGCUAUGCUGGACAGCCGGCGCAGCCACCACCCGGUCACAGCACUACAUCACCCAGUGAGACAUAUUGGGCGCAGCUCGAUGUCCAAGGAGCGCGACAAGGUGAGUGUAAUUCAUUCCCUCCUGUCACGAUGGUUAAUGGCAUGACGGUCAACGGCCUGGGAGAGGUAUCUGCGAUGAACGACGUGACCAACAACGCUAACUCUUCGCUGCUGGGUCUGGGUAAGCAGCUCACCCACUACUUGAUUUUAGAAAACCAAGGGACGAGAGGAGGUCGACCUCAGGUAGCCAACACUUACCCAACUUCGCAAAUUGGAGGCAACUCGUACACAACGACACAGCAGCUCGUACUGGGGGCCACGUCCCACUAUCCGUUGAGCAAUAGUUUAAUGAUCGGCGAUUACGUCACGCCUGGCAGCGUGAUCUUGCCCACCGCCGCUCACCUGUCCAAUAUGGAAAGCUUUCAGCCCUGAAACAUGAGAAGGAAAACGAGAA